AUGCUUGCAUUUCCUGGAUUAACCUUGUUUUGCAUGUUUAUACUGUCCGUGCUAUUCAAAAAACACACAUGGAACCUCCCUAUUGCUUUGAUAAAAUUCGGAAUUUUACAGUGUCUUCGAAUGGUUCUCUGUUCUGGAGUUGCUGUAUGUGCAAUUAUAUUAUUGGUAUCAACCAUAUGUAUGGAGGUUUUCUACUCUCUUCCUAUUGACUCUGUGCAGUACUUCUCCAUGACCAUUUUGUUUGUCUCAGUUGUUUCUUAUAUGCUAUUAGUCGAGUAUAAACGCCGUGCUUGUCAACCACGCUCACAAAUGCUGUUUGCUUUUACGUGCUUAAUAAUUGUAUGCAUGUUACCCCGUCUUUACGGUCUAUUAUAUGCUGGAAGAGGAUGGUCGGACCAACUUACAUUUUACUGGAUUCAUGCAGCUACCAUCUCUGUCUAUAUAUGUCUAGCUUUUGGAGAGCUGCUUAUUCAGUUUUUCUCACCGUUUAAUGAACAAAAUUCUUUGCUUGAUGACAAAGACGCCUGUCCAGAGUUAUGGGCCUCUGUUCCGGCUUUAUGGACUUUCAGUUGGUUGACAAGUACUAUUUGGAAAGGAUUUCGAGGUCAAAUUAACAGUCCUUCAGAUAUGUUUCAUAUACGUCCUGAAGAUUCAGUUAGUGAAAGUUAUGGUCGAUUUAAGCGUGCCUGGCGUAGAUCCUAUAAUCUUUGGUUCACGAGAAAGAAAUCAGAAACGCCAUUUCCAAAUGUUGUGGAUGAUGAUGUGCCGUUGUUGACGGACUUUGAAGAGAAUAAUGAAGAUACUGAAAAUGUCUCAAAUGAUGCAAAUAUGUUGAAUGCAACACCUGAUGUUGAUAUCUUGUCACCAUCUACUACUAAUAACUCAAACUCACAUAAUCUAGAAGUAUGUAAGCAGAGUACAAUUAAAGCCAGUCCUGCACGUGCCACAUGGGGAUUAUUCUAUGCUCUUAUUUCAUCUUUUGGUUUGCGUCUAUUUUCCGGGUGGAUUUUAAUCUCGGCUGCUGUAUUCUUCAACUACAGCUCACCAUUGUUACUCGGGAUGUUACUUCGAUUUCUUUCCAAACCUGAAGCUCCAUCAUGGCAAGGAUAUUUUAUUGCAUUUUCAAUGCUAUUUCUUCAGUCAAUAUCAGUUUUGGUGGAUCAAAAGGGUUUUUACUCUUGUUUAUCCUUGGGAAUAUCUGUCCGAUCAGCCCUUACAUCUGCAAUUUAUCGAAAAUCUCUUCGAUUAUCUUCUGAAGCUCGAAGCCAGUAUACAACGGGGGAAUUAAUAAAUUUGCUCAGUGUUGAUGUGAACCGUAUAAAAGAACUUUUUAUGUUCUCGUUCCUUGUUUGGGAUGCAUUCAUUGAAUUUGGUUUGUCGUUUAUUUUGUUAUGGCGUCAACUUGGUUCAGCUGCGAUAGCUGGUGUUGGAUUUUUGUUCCUAGUAUUGCCACUUAAUUGUUUACUGAUAUGGGCUACUCAAAAAUUUGAGAUUCGUGAAAUGAAAUAUAAAGACAAGCGUAUGAAAUGCUUAGGCGAAGUGCUUGCUGCUAUACGUGUGGUUAAACUUUAUGCAUGGGAAAAGGCGUUUCAAUCUCAAGUCAAGUCAAUUCGUCAAUCUGAACUAAUUGAACUAUUGCGUGUCGCCUUAGGCUGGGGUCUAUGCCAUGUUGUUUGGAAUUUGGCUCCGUAUAUUAUUUUAUUGAUAACGUUUGUUACUUAUUUAAGAGAGUUCUUAUUCGCCAACCACAAUGUAUUGUUAGAUAAUUGGGUCGGAAAUACCACUGAUAUCCCUACACCUCAAUUGUUAACACCUGAACGGAUUUUUGUCAGUGUCAGUUUGUUCAAUUUACUACGUAGUCCACUACUUCUUUUGCCAUGGAGUCUUUCAUCUUCAAUAAUGGCCUUUGUUUCGAUUCGCCGCCUUGGUUUAUUUCUUUUAGCUGAUGAAUUAGAGUAUUAUUCCUCUGAUAAAAACUCCUAUUCUCUUGAUGAAAAGUCAACAGAUGCUAUUACUUUUGAGAAUGCUUCGUUUUCAUGGACUAAAACUGGUCCAUUGACAUUACGAAAUUUGAAUGUACGCAUCUCUCGUGGGUGGCUUGUCGCAGUCGUUGGCAACGUAGGCUCUGGAAAGUCAUCUUUCUUAUCAGCCUGUCUGUCUGACAUGUUCAAACGAAGUGGAAAGGUUUCUGUUAAAGGUUCCAUUGCUUAUGUUUCACAAACAGCUUGGAUACAACAACAAUCUCUACAAGAAAAUAUUCGUUUUGCCACAUCCAGCGAUCCUACUCAGUCAAAUCCAGUUGCAGAGCAGAUUGAAGAAUUAUGGUAUAAAAAUGUUGUAUCUGCAUGCGCUCUUGAAACGGAUAUUGCUCAUCUUCCCGCUGGUGAUAAGACAGAAAUUGGUGAGAAAGGUGUCAAUUUGUCAGGAGGUCAAAAACAACGCGUUAGUUUAGCUAGAGCUGUAUAUCAGCGUUCAGAUAUAUAUCUGCUAGAUGAUCCAUUAUCAGCAGUCGAUGCACAUGUUGGGAAACAUUUAUUCGAUAACGUUUUAGGUCCAAAUGGUCUUCUAAAAGAUAAAACUAGAAUAAUGACAACUAAUUCAUUUCAUUGGCUAUCUUCUGCUGAUUGGAUUAUUGUUCUUAACACUAAUGGUGAAAUCACUCAAUCUGGAAGUUAUAAUGAGGUUGUAAAUAAUAACUCUGGUCAUUUUGCUAAUUAUCUAGAGUCUAUCAAGAAAGAUAAUGAUGAAACAAUGAAUGAAAGUAACCAUAGAAAAUCUUCAUUUACAACUCGCUUUAGUCGGUCAUGUAGUGUGGUUGUUCCGCGUAGUUCAAAUCAUCCUAUCGGAAUUUUGUCUCGAAGUCCACCAUUGAAUGCAACAAAAAAAUUAUCCCUAGAAUCAUCUGUUUCCUUUUUAAAACCCAUUAAUUUCACUGAUAUUACUACUCACAAUACUGCUUCAAAGCAUGACAAUAAUGAGCAUAUAAUGCCUACUGGUGAAGCAUUAAAUGAUUUGAUCGAUUUUAGAUCUGAGCAGGAGGUGACUCAUCGUCGUUCUCCAACUAGCAUAAGUAUUACAGAUUUGAAUGCUAGCACAUCAGAUGAUAAUAAAUUUGAAAAUGAUGAUCCUGAACAUGGAAAAUUCAUGACUGAUGAAGAAAUUAUGCACGGUCAUGUAUCGUGGUCAGCCUACUGGGAGUAUUUCCGUGCUCGGAGUGUAUCUGUAACGUUUAUCAGUGUUCUGUCUUAUGUGGGAUUCUUAGGUGUACAGGCAUUUUGUAGUUAUUGGUUACAAUGGUUUGCAGAUGACCAACAAUUGAUUGAAGCUGAACAAGCCUUUCAAAAUACUACUAUAAUUAGUAAUGAAACUGCUCGUCAGAUAUUAAUAGAACAGAUUAAAGAUAGAAUAUUAUAUUAUAUUAUAGGUUAUGCAUGGGCUGGUUUAGGUCAGACGGUGUUAAUCUUAAUAUUUGCGCUACUUAAUGCGUAUUCUAAUCUGAGAGCUUCAAAUCUAUUACAUCAACAGCUUUUAUCGAAAAUUCUUCACGCCCCAGCUAGUUUCUUUGAUCACACACCUUUAGGUCGUAUAUUGAAUCGAUUCAGUAAUGAUGUUGACAAUUUAGAUCAUACCAUACCGAACUCAUUUAGUGAUACCAUCGGGACUACUGGAGAUGUUGUUAUUUCACUAGUGAUUGUUUCUGUUACUCUACGUGUCACUGUUGUUCGAGCAUUUAAACGUGAUAAAGAAUUUAUUGCUAAAUCUGAUAAAUUGAUUGAUGCUAACGCGGUUUUCGAAUAUGUACGCUUUGUUGCUAACCGGUGGCUAGAUGUUCAUCUAAAUUUAUCUUGUAGCCUUAUGGUAUUUGUAUGUGCUGUAAUUUUGGUUGUUUUUCGAUCAAAAAUAUCGCCUGGUAUCGCUGGCUUAAUCAUAGUUUAUGCUCUACAAGUAUUUGAUUCGUUAACAUGGGUUAUUAAACAGUUAUCUCAAUUGGAAACAAGUUCUGUUUCAUUGGAAAGAAUAUGUGAAUACAUCCGAGUUGAACAGGAAGCUGAUUGGGAUCAUGGAGUGGAUAGUCCUCCUCCAAUUGAUUGGCCGAGACCUUGUUGUGAAAUCACAUUUAACAAAGCUACUGUUCAAUAUCAUUUGCCUACAAAGAACAAAGUAACUGAUAAUCAUGACUUAUCACUUGGUCAAAAAGCAUCGAAUUCUGGACGAUUAGUUACAGCAUUGAAAUCUAUUGAUCUUAAAUUAAGUGGUAAUCCACAAGAACGCCGUAUAGGAAUUGUUGGUCGUACUGGAGCAGGCAAAUCAUCUUUAGCAUCUAGUAUCUUUCGUUUAAUCGAGCCUACGAUAUUAGAAGAAGAUAGAUUAGAUAUACAUAGAACAUCAACUAAACGUGGUCCAAUUCUUGUUGAUGGAGUUGAUUUGUCACGAAUUGGCCUUCAUGAACUUCGAUCCCGAUUUAGUAUUCUUCCACAGGAACCGAUAAUUUUUGCUGGUACACUUCGGUUUAACUUAGAUCCAUUUGGUAAACUGCCUGAUAUCGAUUUAUGGCGUGCAAUAGAAUCUGCUCAUUUAACUGAUUGGGUUCGGUCGACUAAUGCCGGUUUAGAUUAUGAAUGUGGCGAAGGUGGAGCAAAUCUAUCUGCUGGUCAGCGUCAACUUGUUUGUCUAGCUCGAGUAUUCCUGUCUUCCGGCGGUCGUGUUCGUUUACUUAUUCUUGACGAAGCUACAGCUGCAAUGGAUCCAUCUACAGAUAAUUUAGUUAUGAAUACCGUAAUAGGAGAUCAGUUUAAAGACGCGACUGUUAUUAUUAUUGCUCAUCGUUUAUCCACUGUAAUGAACACAGAUAGGAUUGUUGUAUUAGAUCAUGGACAAGUGAUUGAAACUGGUCAUCCUCAAGAUUUGCUUAAUAAUCCAAAUUCUCAUUUCUCAAUAAUGAAUAAAGUGAAACAGUCUUGA